AUGGUUUUGCGAGCUGCCGUAUGGAAACAGGCCGUUUUUGCCCCGAUUCGUACCAAAAAGACAUGGACGCGGUGGAAGGGCUCUGCCGCGGGGCCGGCUGCUUCGGCGCCUAAGCAGCCCGGAAACAACAGCCGGCAGUCGACCACAGGGUCCGUGUCCUCGUCUUCUUCCUCGUCUGCGGAGAAGAAAGUCGACCUGACGUCGCUUUACACCUCAAUAUCCCGCAAUGAGAAGCACAAGAAGUCCCAAGAAAGGACGUUUGGCAACGGCACGUCCAAGGGUGCGCCUAAGAGCGCGGCCGGCGAAUUCCAGAAAACCAAGCAAGAUGUACCAACGCAAGCAAACCCACAGGCACCGGUACCCGAUGGCGCAUACUACGCCGCCGACAACAUCCGGGCCGUCAGCCAGAGCCCGCAGUUCGUCCAGGGCCCCGGCAGCGAGAGAGUGAAACUGCCCAUGGACGACCAGCCGCACGUCGCUAUUGUCAAGCUCCAAGACGCCGACACCAUCGACGACGUGACGCUCGAGGGACUGGCCAAGACGUUUGUUCAGCUGCGUGCGCUGGGUCUCGUCAGUGUUAUUGUCGUUGGCCGCACACAGCCGACCAGCGGCGAUGGACCCGGCUGGUUCGACUACGUGACCCACACAACACUGCGUGUUGCCGCGGCCAUUGACAAGUACAACGAACCCGUCACAUCCCUCGUCGACUCGGCCGUCGGUCUCGGCGACAGCAAACCAGCCCAACGCGACCAGCACGCUCGGCUCAGCGGAUCGGCUUUCACGCCCGGGCAGGUUUACAUUGAUGGCGAAGAGAAUCUUUUACGGCCCCUGCGAAAGGGCGACAUUGUCGUUAUCCCGCCGUACGCCUUCUCGACGACCAAGUCGGAAGCGAAGCUGGUCAACACAGACGACAUUGUUCUGGCUUUGACGCGGUACUUUGCCGGCAUGCAGCAACAGACCGACAUUGAUUCUUCAGAAGCAACAACAAAACAGAGUGGACGAACGGGCGCCAUUGCAUCGGUCGACCGCGUCAUCGUGAUCGACCCCAUUGGCGGAACCCCGACAGCACUGCGGCCCAACGGUGCACACGUCUUCCUCAACCUCGAGGAAGAGUACCGGUCGGCUAAGAAGGCGGUCGAUGUCAUGGCCGACAAGUCGAUGCUCAAGGUAGCAGACGGACAAUCCCUCCACGUGGUCAGCGAGGGCCACAAGGCCAACCUGGACAUUGUGCGCAACACGCUGGCCCUGCUGCCCUCGUCAUCGUCUGCGCUGCUGACCACGCCGGCCGAAGCGGCCAACCUUGUUUCGCACGAGCGCAGCGCUGCCGACGACGCGGACGACGUGUUUGGCUACGUGGGCAGCGUUGGCACCCGCCGCAGCCAGAAUCCGCUCAUUCACAACCUCUUGACCGACCGGCCAGUCUACUCGUCGUCGCUGCCGAUUGGCCGCAUCAAGCCACGGCCGAAGCGGAGCGCGACCACCAUCACCACCUCGGCUACCGACGAGCCGCCCAUGUCGCAGACAACCCUCCUCAAGAGGGGUAUGCCCUUGACCAUCUACCCAGACCCGUACAAAGCGCCCUGGACGCCGCCACAGCCGGGUGCGCCCCGCCUCCACCUCACCGACACCUGCAUCGACCUGCCCCGCCUCGUCCACCUCAUCGAAGACUCGUUCAACCGCAAGCUCGACGUCCAGGACUACCUGAGCAGGGUCGAAAACUCCUUGGCCGGUGUCAUCAUUGCCGGCGAGUACGAGGGCGGCGCCAUCCUGACGUGGGAGCGCCCCGCCGGGCUCGACGAAGAGACGGCCUACCGCACCGGCCGCCUCGUGCCGUACCUCGACAAAUUUGCAGUGCUCAAAAAGAGCCAGGGCGCCGGCGGCGUGGCCGACAUUGUCUUUACGGCCAUGGUGCGCGACUGCUUCCCCGAGGGCGUGUGCUGGCGCAGCCGCAAGGACAACCCGGUGAACCGCUGGUACUUUGAGCGGUCGCGGGGAACGUGGAAGCUGGGCGGUGUGAACUGGACCAUGUUCUGGACGACGCCCUGGGGGGCGCCAUCGGUUGUGACGGCGGGCGUCGACGAUCAGCGUAUCUGGGACUAUGCGAGCGUGUGUCGGGGUGUAGAGCCGUCGUGGGCGGACCAGAAGCACAUUUUGGAUUAG